CUCUCAUUCACACCAGGAUGGAUCUGCCCUCCUUGCACAGCAGAAGUCUACUUCAGCAGUUGGCAAGUUAGGGUUCUCAUCCAGGGGUGAACGGCCGCUGAAACAAACACAGCUUCUCCAUCCGACAAGAUUUCUUUCAUUCCCGCGCCAUAACUUGUUUGUGGGAAAGGUACACGAUGACAGCAGCCGGACUGCAUCCACGCGUUAUUCUCCUGCUGUGCUUCAUCUCCACCGGGGCGUGCAAUAUGUUUGCAUUUACCGAGGAGCCCUCUGACAGAGUCGGGAAGGGGGACGGGUAUUGUAGUCGGAUAUUACGGGCUCAGAGCAAUCGGAAGGAGGGCAACAGCGAGUUUCGGCUCCGCGUUGAGGGAGAUCCGGACAGCUAUCAGCCGGGCAGCACAUACAGAGUGACUCUGACUGCAACCAGCCCCUCCUACUUCAGAGGGUUCACCCUUAUCGCCCUGAAAGACGGCGCAGAGGGAGACAGAGAUGAGGACUAUGCUGGAAAUUUCCAAAUAAUUGAUGAGGAGGAAACACAGUAUAUGACCAACUGUCCCCCAGCGGUGACGGAGAGCACUCCUCGUAGACGGACCAGUAUCCAAGUGUUCUGGACUGCUCCCCCUAGUGGCUCCGGCUGUGUUGCUCUCAAGGCUAGUAUCGUGCAGAAGAGGAUAAUCUAUUUCCAGGAUGAAGGCCCACUCACCCAGCGACUGUGUGAGAAAGAAUCACUGUAUGGGGAUUCAACUGAUAGACCUCUGCUCGACUGCUGUGCCUGUGGAACAGCGAAAUACAGAGUCACCUUCUACGGGAACUGGUCAGAGAAGAUUCAUCCAAAAGACUAUCCUCGUCGCGCCAAUCACUGGUCAGCCAUCAUUGGUGCAUCCCACUCUAAGAAUUAUGUACUGUGGGAAUAUGGUGGCUUUGCCAGUGAAGGAGUUAAACAGGUAGCUGAGCUGGGCUCUCCGGUCAAAAUGGAGGAGGAGAUAAGACAGAAGGGUGACGAUGUCCUGACAGUCAUCAAAAUGAAGGCACAGUGGCCAGCCUGGCAGCCACUAAAUGUACGGGCUGCCCCCUCAGCUGAAUUCUCAGUGGACCGGACCCGUCACCUCAUGUCCUUCCUGACCAUGUUGGGGCCCAGUCCAGACUGGAAUGUGGGUCUGUCUGCUGAGGACCUUUGUACCAAGGAGUGUGGUUGGGCUCAGAAGGUGUAUCAAGAUCUGAUCCCGUGGGAUGCAGGUACUGAUAGUGGAGUGUCAUAUGAGUCUCCCAACAAGCCCACAACACCACCGGACAAGAUCCGUCCUCUGACCAGCCUGGACCAUCCACAAAGCCCUUUUUAUGAUCCUGAGGGUGGCGCUAUCACUCCGGUAGCCAGGGUGGUGGUGGAGCGCAUAGCCAGAAAGGGUGAACAGUGCAAUAUUGUGCCGGACAAUGUUGAUGACAUUGUGGCGGAUAUUGCCCAGGAAGAGAAAGAGGAAGAUGAUACUCCUGAGACAUGUAUCUACUCCAACUGGUCUCCGUGGUCCGCCUGCAGCUCAGCCACAUGUGAAAAGGGCAAGAGAAUGAGGCAGAGGAUGCUGAAGGCCCAGCUGGACCUUAGCGUUCCCUGCCCACACACUCAGGAUUUUGAGCCUUGCAUGGGGCCUGGAUGCAGUGAUGAAGAUGCCUCCACCUGUAUGAUGUCAGAGUGGAUCACUUGGUCCCCCUGCAGUGUGUCCUGUGGGAUGGGCACGCGUUCCCGGGAGCGUUACGUCAAACAGUUUCCUGAUGACGGCUCCGUCUGCACUCUGCCCACUGAGGAGACUGAGCAAUGUGUGGUUAACGAGGAAUGCUCUCCCAGCAGUUGCCUGGUUACAGAGUGGGGUGAAUGGGACGUCUGCAGUGCUACUUGUGGUCUUGGCAUGAAGAGGAGAGAGCGCAUGGUGAAGAUGCCUCCUGCAGAUGGCUCCGUUUGUGGGGCAGAGGUUCUGGAAGUGGAGAAGUGUAUGAUGCCAGAAUGUCAUACAAUCCCCUGCAUGCUGACUCCAUGGUCAGACUGGAGCGACUGCAGCGUGACAUGUGGGAAGGGCCUGAGGACACGACAGCGCAUGCUCAAGUCGCCCGUGGAACUUGGAGAGUGUACCGAAGAGUUAGAACAGGUGGAGAAGUGCAUGCUACCAGAGUGUCCCAUAGACUGUGCCAUGUCAGAGUGGACAGAGUGGUCAGAGUGCAAUAAGUCCUGUGGGAAGGGGCAUAUGAUCCGGACACGUGCAGUGAUGCUGGAGCCUCAGUUUGGCGGAGACCCCUGCCUCGAAACCAUCCAGAGGAAGAAGUGUAAGAUCAGGAAGUGCAACCGGGGACAAGGCAACAGUGAUGAGAAGAAACGACGCAAGGAACAGCGUGACAAGCGGAGGAGCAAACAGGGCCGAGUUGAGGGCGCUCCUGAACAUCCAGGGUGUAGAAUGAGACCAUGGUCAAAUUGGACGGAAUGUACCAAGCUCUGCGGAGGAGGUAUUCAAGAACGACACAUGACAGUGAAGCAGAGGUUUAAGACGGUCCAGCUGUCCAGCUGUAAGGACAGGAAGGAGAUCAGGGCUUGUAAUGUGCAGCCCUGCUAGGAAGGAGUAAGGGAACAGGGGUGGAGUGGAUGGGCGAAGGGGUGGAGUAGGAUGACAGUGGUGCUGGGAAGAGGACAGGGCACACUGUCGCACAAUGAUCCGAUGCACUCUGUUUAGGGCUGAAAUUACACAUUUUUGAAUCUGUAUUGGUUAAAUCCAGAGCUCAGGUCAGUUAUCGGUGAGAGAAGAUGAACUUACAUGUCUCUCUGGAAUACUCUGGAUUUAAACUUGGCGGAUUUCAAACUAGCUCUGAUAAACAUAUUCUUUUGCAACGUUACUGUAAACCUGUUGUGGUAUAAUAUAUCUUAAAAAGUAUAAUUAUGAACUAUGAAUUGAUUUAAUAAUAAGAUAAAGAACAGUUAUAUCUUGUGGUUUCCUUAAGUAGUACAGUAUAUUCCACACUUCAAAGCACAGGUGCCCAGCCAUUCCAGUGUUUUAUAUGCCUUUAAUUGUUCAGUUGUUUCUAGGACACAAAAUACCCAGUUGACUUUUUACCCAGCUAUGUUGUCGUACAUGUAGAUGCGCCACGAUUGACAUCUAUAUGAUUUUAAACAUUAUUAGAAAAUGUUGUUAUUUUUUUGCAGUGGAAAUUUUUUGAUAAGAAUGUGUCCCAAGAUUCUUACCAAAGUCUCGUGUAGGUGUUUUCUAAGUGUGUGUUCCCUCUGUUUCUUUAUCUCUGUUCCUCUAACAUAUUAAUAUUUUGGAAUAAUAUCACCUUUACAAUAAAAGUAAAUGUGACAGCUUG